GCAAAAUUACUGUUUGGUCCCCUACAAAUCUAAAAUAGCACGUUCGAUUCAAGUACCUACCACAUCAAGUCAUUCAUUCAUCGACUGCUUCUCGCAGAUCUUUGAAUCGAACACAACACCGAUUCUUUAGAAAUUCCUUGAAGAAUGGAUGCCAGCAGGGGUCAGAAUGGAAUUCAACAACUGUUAGCUGCAGAACAGGAAGCUCAGCACAUUGUCAAUGCUGCCAGAAAUGCAAAAAUGGCUAGAUUGAAACAAGCUAAGGAAGAGGCUGAAAAGGAUAUUGCUGAAUUCCGUGCUCAUGUGGAAGCUGAGUUCCAGAGGAAGGUCGCAGAGAGUAGCGGAGAUUCUGGUGCUAAUGUGAAGAGGCUCGAGCAAGAAACGGAGGCAAAGAUUCAUCACCUCAAGACAGAGGCAGCAAGGAUAUCUCAUGAUGUGGUACAUAUUCUUCUGAAGCAUGUGACGACAGUGAAGAACUAGGGAGUUCGCUAACCCGUAAACAUGUUUAAAUGGUGUCUUUCUGGGUGUACCAUUUUGAUUUGAUUAUGGCGUUCUGGCGUGGUGAGGAGUGCUUGUACUUGAGUUUCCUCUAGUCAUAUUUACAAUUUGAUUGUUUGAUCAUGUUACUUUAAAAAAUAAACUAUCCCUAUCAUUCAUUGUCCAUCUCAGAAACCCAACUCCUUUUAAGGUAAUACAAUUUGUUAUUAUCUGUUA